AUGACAGAGAAUGUAGAAGAUCAAGUCAACUUCUCUCAAACCUCUGGGUCUGAGCAACAGACACCGCAUUUUCUACGAGAUGUCAUCUUCCAUGGCAAGUUUAAGCGGCUGAAGGCUCUAACUCCAGAGGAAAAUACCCGCUCCCAGCAUGGGCUCUUCUUCCAGGAUGGUCAACGGCGUGUUGACUACGUGCUCACCUAUUCCGUGAAGAAGUCGAGUGGAAGCCACUCCACUCGCCAGUCAGUGCAUCUCCUCACUGAAAAUGUUGUUACCCGCAGCUUCCGCCAUGGUCCUCAGAGUGGUGGCGAAAAGCUCCGAGCCAAGCAAACACAAAGGACAAAAGACUCAUCUUCCGUACAUUCAUCGACGGUUACCGACAUGGAGUUGGGCUGUUCAGGAGAAAUCUUCAAUGGCCAGGAGGAUCAGAAGGCAUUCAGAAGGGAGGAGUUUGAGGGAAAACUGAGAGACAUGGGGCUAGAGCUGGAAAAAGAUGAAGAUGGCAAGAUUCCAGGAGUGUACUUUGUGAAAAUCCAUGCUCCCUGGAACAUUCUGUGUCGAGAAGCCGAAUUCAUGAAGUUAAAGAUGCCCACCAAAAAAGUCUAUGAGGUCAAGCAGUCAAACAGUAUUGUGGAGAAGAUCAGUACUCUGAUUAGUAAAAUUCUGGAGCCCCUCCACCCACAUGUUGAGGAACAUCAACCCAAGAACGUCAAACACCUGUCACACACGUUCUCUAGGGAAAAGCAACACCUAUUUGACCUAUCAGACAAAGAUUACUUCUUCGACAGUAAAACCAGGAGUUCAAUAGUUUUUGAAAUACUAAAAAGAACAAAAUGCAAGGCCAAGUACAGCAUGGGUAUCACCAGUCUCCUUGGUAGUGGGGUGUAUACUGCAGCUUAUCCUCUUCAUGAUGGAGACAUUGAUGAGGAGAGUGCAGACCCCAAUGACAGAAAGCUUUUAUAUGAGGAGUGGGCAAACUACAGCGUAUUCUACAAGUACCAGCCAAUCGGACUUGUGCGGAAGUAUUUUGGUGAGAAGAUUGGGCUGUACUUUGCUUGGCUGGGCCUGUAUACCCAGAUGCUGAUUCCUGCCUCACUAGUGGGGGUCAUUGUCUUUUUGUAUGGAUGCGCCACAGUUGAUGACAACAUUCCAAGCAUGGAGAUUUGUCAUCCAAGGAACAACAUCACCAUGUGUCCACUGUGUGACAGAGUAUGCAGCUACUGGAAACUUAGCACUGCCUGUGGGACUGCCCGGGCAAGUCAUCUGUUUGACAAUCCUGCCACAGUUUUCUUCUCUAUAUUCAUGGCUCUCUGGGCUGCCAUGUUCAUGGAGCAUUGGAAAAGAAGGCAGAUGAGACUCAACUAUGAAUGGGACCUUACAGGGUUCGAGGAUGAGGAAGAAGCUCUCAAGGAUCACCCCAGGGCUGAGUACGAAUUCAAAGUAAUGCAAAAGUCUCUAAGGAAACGUCAAAAGUCCCAGGACAAGAUAGAAAAGCUUACAUUUCAGGACCGUCUGCCUGCCUACAUGACUAACAUCGUCAUGAUGUUGUUAAUGAUUGGUGUUACAUUUGCCAUUGUGUUUGGUGUGAUCCUCUACCGCAUCUCCACCAAAGCUGCUCUUCAUAUGAGUUCCAGUCUGAUCACAAGGAACCAUGUGCAGCUGACAGUUAAAACCACUGCAGCCAUCAUCAACCUUGUGGUCAUCCUUAUACUGGAUGAGGUAUAUGGAGCUGUGGCACGAUGGCUUACUGUAUUAGAGGCUCCUAAAACUGACAAGAGUUUUGAGGAAAGACUCAUCUUCAAGACCUUCAUUCUCAAGUUUGUUAAUGCAUUUUCCCCAAUCAUCUACAUUGCUUUCUUCAGGGGAAGACUUGUAGGCAGGCCAGGCAGCUACCUAUAUGUGUUUGACUCUUACAGAAUGGAAGAGUGUGCUCAUGGAGGCUGUCUGAUGGAGCUGUGUAUCCAGCUGAGUAUCACCAUGUUGGGAAAGCAACUUAUCCAGAACAACCUUUUUGAGAUUGGAAUACCCAAACUGAAGAAACUGAUUCGGUACAUUCGGUCAAAGCAAGGAGCUUUUCAGGAAGAAGAGAGACAGAAGAAGUUGACGAGAUAUGAAACCGACCAUUUUCUGGAGCCGUUUGGUGGAUUAACUCCUGAAUAUAUGGAAAUGAUCAUCCAGUUUGGUUUUGUUACAUUGUUUGUUGCAUCCUUCCCGCUGGCUCCACUCUUUGCUCUGCUCAACAACAUCAUUGAAAUACGACUUGAUGCCAAGAAAUUUGUGACAGAGCUGCGAAGACCAGUGGCAGCAAGAGCUAAAGACAUCGGAAUAUGGUACAACAUACUGAGAGGGGUAGCAAAAGUUGCUGUCAUCAUUAACGCAUUCGUUAUCUCCUUCACGUCAGACUUCAUCCCUCGUAUGGUUUACCAGUACAUGUACAGUCCUGAUGGCUCCAUGCAUGGAUUUGUCAACCAUACACUGUCUUAUUUUAAUGUCAGCCACUUCCAGGAUGGCAAAGAACCCAUGGAUCCAUCACACUUUGGCUACCCUGUUGUAAUAUGCAGGUAUAAAGACUACAGAGAACCACCUUGGUCAAACACACCAUAUGAGCUAUCAAAGGAAUUCUGGGCAGUGCUGGCUGUCCGUCUGGCUUUUGUUAUUGUUUUCCAGAACGUUGUGAUGCUCAUGAAUGACAUUGUUGACUGGCUAAUCCCAGACAUCCCAAAAGAUAUCAGCCUGCAGAUCCACAAGGAGAAGAUUUUAUUGGUAGAGCUGUUCAUGAAAGAAGAGCAGGGCAAGAGCUAUAUCAUUGACAGCAGCACUUCAACAGAUGGAAAGGAAAACUGCAGCAAACACAACAACAACAGCAAAGUGGCGCCCCCACGCUCCCGACGGCAUACCAACAGCACCAAAAGCUUCUAACAGCCAUGCUAGCAGCUAUGGCUAGUAGCUAGUAGCUUUUAGUUUAAUUGUUGUUAGCAUGUCGAAGCUUGCUAGUAGUUUUCUCUCAGGACAGACUAAAUUGUAUGUAAAUUGUAUGUUUUUCUUAAUAUUCUUAACAUUCCAACAACUGGGACAGCAGUUGGCCAAAGAGAUGUUAGAAAAUUAAAUCUGUGGCCAAAUGUGUUGCAUGUUUUUGUUGAGCUGUGAAACUCUGUCACUCCAUAUGUGCACCCUCAAAUGUAUUUAUGUGCUUAAGAAUGUCUGAUUGUGUACUCAAAUUAAUGACUUUGUAAAUCAAAAUGUAAAAGUGUAUUCAUUCUUACAUGCAUUAGAGCUGAAAUUUUAU